AUGGUGUUGUGGAUCGGCUUGAUUCUGGUGUAUCCAGCCGCCACAGCGCCCCAUAAGCGACUCGUGUGUAAGUACAGCAGUUGGUCCACGGAUCGAGACUAUCGCGGUAAUUUCACAUACGAGACGGGCCAAAUCCCAGUCAAGCUCUGUACCCACCUGGUGUACAGUUUCGCUCAAGUCGAUCAGAAGUUUUUCGAUAUUCAACCGGAAAACCCAACACGCGAUAUACUGCAGUCCGGUUAUAAGCACUUUACGGCGCUCAAGGAGCGGCAACCAACGUUGCGUCUUCUGAUCGACGUCCACUGUUUGCUGGCGGGUUGUGUGACGUCCGUGUGGAGCUCGAAUGGUACUUCCGUGCGUGAAAAUCGUCAAAAGUUUAUCGCGAGUGUGGUUGAGUUUUUGGAAACGUAUCGCUUCGAUGGCAUUGUGAUUAGCUCGUACGAUCGAGAGGAUGUGGAUGAGUUGUACCGGUUGGUGGAUGGGUUAAAGCAGGCCUUUCGGAAUGCUGGGUACGCUAGCUGGGAGGUGAUUACCUAUCUUCCAAGUUUCAGCAAAAAGUAUGAGACGGAAGUUUACCAAAAACGGCGCAUAUGCGAGGUUGCGGAUUACGUGAUCGAGGGCGUCUCGUAUGCCAGAUCGGUCGACUCGGCAAAGGUUGACGUACCCAGCCCGAUGGGCGUUCGACCGUUCGAUACCGGCGAGUUCAUGAAUCUCACUGUGAAGCGAGCUGUUGAUACAUGGCUCAGUAGUGGAUGUCCCUCGCAAAAGAUCCUGCUCGAGGUACCGUUCCAUGGCCGGCCAUUCAUUCUGGCAAACAGCCGAAACCGAGUGCCAGGUUCUCCAGCGCUGGUCUUUGGUCAACCCGGUGGCUACAGCGGUCCAGACCGUAAGGCCUACUACGAGAUAUGUCAUGAUUUGCUCGAUCGAAGCUGGACGAUCGAAUGGGAUCCUCGGAGUAUGGCACCGUACGCGUACCGGAACACGCAGUGGGUUGGAUAUGAGAACGAGAUCUCCGUCGUCGAGAAGGCCAACUAUGCGACCAGACUAGGGCUCGGUGGUCUGUACGCUUCUCCGAUCGAUUUCGAUGACUUCCGGGGAGUUUGCGGUAAGAAGCACAUCCUGCUGAGUGCACUGGCGAAUACUUUUAAACCCAACCAGCUGACACCGGAUGAUUCGGUCGAUUUUGCCAUCUUUCGUGGGUAAACAUACAAGCGGAGACAUCGCUGUAUCCGGCCAUCGCCUUGUUUCGUGCACGGCACGGCAUAAGUAGUGUGUAUAGCCUUACCCUUGGCGCAACCACAACCAGUGCAAGAAGGGCACUGGUUGAGCAGCUGUACACGCUUUCCUUUCUUCAGGUUCACAGUGCGUCAUAUAACGAUGGCGACAUUCCUUC